AUGAUGCAGCCAAAGGAAGAGGAAUCCUACUCGAAGCCGCUCGCCGAGCGGGUCGAUGAGUCUGAGGAGGACCUCGAGUCGCUUGAUACGAACAGCAAAGUCUGGGAGCACAGGGAAGGGAGGAAGAAGGUCUUGGUGUAUGCCGCGGCUGCUGCUAUCCUGAUCGUGACCAACUUCAUUUCUGCUCGUGUCGGUGCUCAUCUCGCCUCGGGCACGACGGACCUCGAUAACGCGUGUGCUGAGCAUACGACGCAAUGGUCGCCGCUUCUGAAAGAUGUCGACGUUCGAUACGACUGGAAGCACUUCAACGGGUCGUUCUUGGAGGAAGACGUGUUUCGGAAAGAGGGCUCGCCCGAGGUUGAUGCCGCGUGGGAGGCUUUGGGCGUGGAUUAUCGCGCGGGAGUCAUUUCGAUUGAAGACGGCUUGAAAAGUGGAAUGAACAUGUCCUUCGUAAGGAGGUCAGAGAAGUACGGCGCUGGGUUCUAUGUCAACGUCGAGGGGAUGCACCACCUCCAUUGCUUGAAUCUGGUGCGGAAAUCACUUUACUAUAACUACGACUACUACAAGCAGAUGGGCAUGCACGCGUUUGCCAACGACGAUCACAUUCUAAAGCUUCAUGUUUCACAUUGUCUAGAUGCGGUCCGACAGGUGCUCAUGUGCAACUUCGAUACGGGCGUCCUUGGCCAGGUCUGGGCCAACGACCCUCCCUCGCCGUUCCCAGACUUCCAUACCACGCACAAGUGCAAGAAUUACGAGGCCAUCCGGCAGUGGGCUGAGGAAUUGCAGGCACCUCCGGCUGGCGAGCUCCCCAAGGAUUACACCUCUCCGCCAGGGCCGGGUGAUAUUCUCCCGCAAACUCCGUAG